AUGCCUCAUCGUUCUAGCAUGGAUGUGUAUCGAAAGGUCGACCCGGAAGCGUCUCUAGUCCUAAUUGGGAUCCGCGGGUCUGGGAAACGAUCGUUAGGGUUCGUUGCCGCUACCGCGCUGAAGCGUCGCUUCAUCACAGAGGAUCAUUAUUUCAAAGAGGUCACUGGGUUCUCGCGACAUGAAUAUCUGAAACAGUACGGGAGCCAAGAGUUUCAACAGCGUGACAUUGAAGUGCUUAAAAUGAUGCUGGACAACCAUCGUUCGCGCUGUGUUAUCGAAUGCGGCCUUGGAAGCCUUACUCGACCAAUCCAAGAGCACCUUCGACGAUACUGCGCUACCAAUCCGGUUGUAUAUAUAGCGCGUGAUAUGGAUAGCAUCCAGAGACUGUUGGGAUUAGAGGAUCAGGCUGCAAAACUACUCUCUGAAGGCGAUCCGCUGCACCGGACUUGCUCGAACUUUGAGUAUUAUAAUACCGAAGAUCACUCGAGUUUUUCCGCCCAGUUCUACGAGGAAACGCAGGACCGGCGCUCGGUGGGGUACUCCUUUAAACUCAAGGAGGCAAAGGAAGAUUUCACACGUUUUGUUCGCUUCGUAACAGGCACUGAUGUCGGCCACUCUAGCUACGACUCACCCUUCGUGUUGCUGGAGACUCCUCCGGAGCUACGAUCUUAUACGUACGCCAUCUUUGUUCGCUCAUCUGAUUUAAUUGAAAACAGAGUCAAACUUUCAGAGCUCGAGUCAGGAGGGGACGCUAUCGAGCUAUGUGUUGAUAGUUGGAGCCCAGAAAUGGCCAUGACAGUGAGUAAGCAGGUUUCCAUACUUCGGAGAAACACCCACACUCCGGUAAUCCUCUCAAUCGACAACCGUUUGCUCGGGUUUCCCAGCAAUGACCGGUACUCGAUACAGGGCCGUAACGUGUACUCCCAAAUUGUGGAACACGGCCUGCGGCUUGCCAUCGAGUACCUCGUGAUGGACUUGAAUCAAGACCAUGCUCUUAUAAAUGAGACUAUUCGCAACAGGGGAAUGACAAAAAUAAUCGGCCAGCAAAUCUUUGAGCCGCCCUCUAGGGUGACAUGGGAUGAUGAAGAUUGCCUGUCGGCGUACCUUGAUGCUGCUGGUCUAGGGUGCCAGCUAGUUCGCAUUCUUCGUGUGGCAACGGAGCGCGAGGAUAACACAGCCAUUGCGAAAUUUACGAAUAAAGUUGGUUUGUUACCGGGCGAUCAUCCACCUAUCAUCGCCUUCAACAUCGGCAGCCUUGGGCGCACGUCGCAAGUAUUCAACCCAAUCCUCACCCCUGUUUCGCAUCCAGCAAUCGCGCAUCGUAUCCAAAAUGACAGGGAUCCCCAAAUUAUGGCCCGCGAUGCCGUUCAGGCUCUAUUUCAAAGCUAUGUCCUGGACCCUCUGCAAUUCUAUAUCCUUGGUGGCAGUGUAGCCUACAGUUUAUCACCAGUGAUGUACAACGCUGCAUUCCGCCAUUGUGGCAUGCAUCACACAUACAGUAUUCCAGAGAAGCCAACACUAGCUGCACUAGACCAGCUGGGUCGAGAACCGAAUUUCGGAGGGGCUAGUGUUGUUCAACCUUGGAGGGUGCAGGUCUUCCAGAAGCUUGCGGCGAAGAGCCGGCACGCCGAAGCCAUUGGGGCGAUUAAUACGAUAAUGCCGCUUCGGGGUCAAUCGGACGGAACCAUGUUCCCUCUGCAAGAACAAGCUAGCCGUCGUCACCUAGCUGGCCCGGUGCUGGGUUGGUAUGGCGAGAAUACAGACUGGGUUGGUAUAAUGACGUGCAUUAACCGCAAUCUCUCCCCACGUAACGCCAUCAGCCCGAUGAAGACAACUGGCUUAGUUAUUGGAGCCGGUGGCAUGGCGCGUGCUGCGAUAUACGCUUUGCUUCGACUUGGCUGUCGGAAAAUUUUCAUUUACAAUAGGACUUUAUCUCGCGCGGAGAGCGUCGCUCGACACUUUAAUUCAUGGGCUGCCUCUCAGGUGGGAUCAACGGAAGUGGUGUAUGUUCUUCGCUCGUUGCAAGAAGAGUGGCCCUCAGAUGCCUGCUUUCCAUGUAUGGUUGCGUCCUGCGUCCCAGCCGACCCAGACAGAGACGAGCCUCCAGCCAAUUUCGAGAUGCCAGCGCAGUGGCUGGGAAACCCCACUGGCGGGGUUGUGCUCGAGUUCGCCUAUAAACCCUUAGAUACCCCACUUUUGCGCCAAAUGCGCCGCUUCCGCAGCGAAACUGGGCGCCAGUGGGUCUUGGUUGAUGGCCUUGACAACGUUGCUGAACAAGCGAUAGCGCAGUUUGAGAUAUUGACCGGACGAAGGGCACCCCGCCGACUGAUGACUAUGGAGGCGCUCCGCAACUACGAUGGAGAAGACGGACCGUUCGAUGAGAAGACAAUCCGAGCCCGCUUAGACAUUAACGAGUAG